AUGGAGUCACAAGAAUGUGUCGAUGAUAAUAAUGAAGUUGAUAGUGUCUCAAGUGUUCCGUCUACUAGCAAGCCGUUAAAUAUGAAAAAAGGUGAAUCGUCGCAGCAUAAGAAAGAAGUUAACCCUCCAAGGUUUAGAUCAUUUCAUGAUUUUUAUUUAACUCAAGGGAAACGUCAUAAUCGUGAUUUUUUAACUGCUCAACAAGGCUAUCGAACUACUUGGCAAUCCCAAAUACGUCACACGCCAAAUCACGUAUCUCCAUCAAUGGGAGAGGGCGGAGGGGCAACUAUACCGGAAGCCUACCGGCGCUAUGAUGAGAAGGAGCUAAGCGUUGUGUUAAAAGGGCAUGUAAAGCGACUCUGCGAGUACUUUCAAAAUGCCGUCCCUAACAAGAACUAUACGGAUACUAUUAAGGCAAUGGUCGCAAAGACCAAGCCUAGACGUAUUACCGAUUCAUCGAGAUCAGACACUUCCUGUAGUACAGCGAACAGUGUCAAGACAUUACCAGAAUUAGAUUUAUCAACACGUGUACAGUGUGCAAAGACACCUGCCGUUGGAAUUAUCGAGCUUGCACAGCAUUUGGCAAGCAGGAGGCCUAAUAGCAAAUUGCCAACAGACAAUCAUGAGGCACUGGAGUUUCUCGAAAAUGAGGGGAUCGCAUAUAACAAUGCUGUUAUGGUCAUGGAAUCUGCUAAACAACAUGGUACCAUAAAGCAGGUGUUCAAUUGGAAAACCGCUAUGAGGGCAAUGUGUACGGGUGCCGAUGUACCGGACACACCUAGCACCUCUAUACUGGAACGUGAGGACGUAGUAAGGGUAGACUUGCCGUUACCUUUGGACAGUGAGAUGCGUGAUUUCCUUCGUAAACGUGGAUUUGUCAUUGGAGAAAACGGGAUGCCAAUAAUCGAUAGUGACGAUGCCGUUGAGUACGAUGGUGUACGUUUUUUUGUGCUUCCGAACGGCGAUUCUCCAAGGGAAGUUAGCACUCGUCCAAGCUCUGAUACUGCCGAGUCAAAUGAUGUCUGGUUAGACCUCAAAACAGGACCUGUUAUACCUGACGUAUCGCAUGACCCCGAUACUCUGAAAGUAUAUGACCUUCAGAUGAACAAGGUCACUACUGAGCCUGACUUAGCUAUGACCAUCGAGGAUUACGAAUUUGACCCCAGCACUGCUUCUACAGAGCAUAGUGACUUUUUCGAUAAGCGAGAUUGCAGUUUGGAUGAAUUCACUAACCACAUCUUCGGUUACGCCGAUCCACAAAAUCUCGACAAAGUAAUAGAUGAUAUACGCCGGCUCAUGCCAGAAGAAUGUGAUGGCAGGGAGGUUAAUGACGAGGAGCUGUCGACAGACCGACGUGAACAGAAUGCUGAGAGUUUCGCGUGGUUCCUUAACCGUCCUGCACCAGUGGAGGAUGAUGUGAUUGAGGCAGCAAAAAACGAGCAUGACGAUCCAUUAUCGGCGCUAAGUGAUGAGGUUAUAUCUCAGUUUAAGUGGAUGGAGAUGUCUUAG